UUUGCGGGGCAUCAUGGCUUUCCUUCACUUGCUCCUCUGUGCCGGGAUGUUAUCACUGCCUGUGUGUGGAGCCUUUUUCCGCGGACCGUUACAACCGGAGAUGUCCAACGGCACUUUUCAUCAUUAUUUCGUGCCGGACGGGGACUACGAGGACAACGAUGACCCGGAGAAGUGCCAGAUGCUUUUCAAAAUGACCGACGAGCGAAAGUGCGGUCUCGCCGAGGACCAGGACGCGGUCAUACGGGACGACUUCACCAUCAUCAAGAGGCAGAUUGAGGACUCGGCCCGGGUGCUGGAGGGGAUCGGGAAAAGCAUCUCGUACGACCUGGACGGGGAGGACAGCUACGGGAAAUACUUGCGCAGGGAGACGGCGCAGAUAAGCGAGGCGUUUACAAACUCGGAGAAGUCUCUGCUGGAGCUGGAGGUGAAAUUCAAGCAGAGCCAGGAGAGCGAGCUGAAGGAGGAGCACCGGCUUAACGACGACUUUCUCAACAUGAUAGUGCACACACGGGACGUCCUCAAGGACACGGUGGACAUUUCUCUGGGGCUGAAGGACAAGCACGAGCUGCUGUCUCUGAUCAUCCGCAGCCACGGCACGAGGCUGAGCAGACUGAAGAAUGAGUACAUGAAGUUUUGAGAGAAAGUAGUCCCUUCACGUUAUUUUUUUCUUUAGUGGAGUGUGUGACCGUGAGGCAGAGGCAGGGGUCAAACAAUUUGAGCAAAACAUAUCAGGGAUGAAAAGCUUAAAGGGCCAGUUCACCUAAAUCACCCAAACAUUUUCUCUGUUAACUCCAGAGGUGUGAGUUCAACCAGUGGUGGAAUGUAACUAAGUACAUUUACUCAAAUACUGUACUUAAGUACACUUUUAAGGUACUUUACUUGAGUAUUACACUUCUACUCCACUACAUUUACAGUCAAAUAAUGUACAUUUUACUCCACUACAUUUAGCUGCCAGCUUUAGUUACUUUUCAGGUCAUGAUCAUGAUGAUCCACAUAAAAUGAUUAUGCUUUUUAAAAUGUUUUUAUUAAACCACAUAACAGUAUAAUAAGCAGUUAAAAGUACACCUACUCUGACAACAGUAAAAUGCUGCUCAAAUAAAUGCAUCAAUAAUAAUCUAAUAAUAUAUUUGGAAUAUAUACAUUUUCAUACUUUAAGUACAGUUUGAUGCUGAUACUUUACUUCUACUUGUAGUGGAGUAAUUCUGCAGUGUGGUAUUAGUACUUUUACUGUAGUAAAGGAUCUGAAAACGUCUUCCACCACUCUUCCCAACUUGGGUUCGCUCCAAAGGGUCAAAAACAAAAAAUAGGCUACUAUAUGUCACAGGAUGGUAAAUGGGAUAGGAAAGGAAAAAAAACGAUUGUGCUUUUUUAUCUGAUUUUCUCUCAUCUUUUGUUUUUUCUUGUAACAUACUCAACAAUUCAUCCUUUGGGGAAAGUAUUCAAAUUGUACAGUCAGAUCAGUUGUGUAAGGGAAGUUGUUCUCUGCUAAUAGCUUGCUGCCAUAACCCCCUAAUGAGGGCCUGUAGGCACACACUGCUUCAGGGUCAGAAACAACAGUUUGGGAUCCACUGCUCUAGAUGUAUGUUUGCUACAGUUAUGCAACUAGCUUUGGUUGAAAUUGUCCAGGUUAUGUGAUAUGUCCCCAUAGCUGGAUCCCCAAACGAGAAAAGAGGCCAGAGACCCCCCAAAAGUCCCUUAUAUUCACUGCAAGUCAAGUGGGUUUUGCUUAUUUGGCUAUUUGCAAAUUAUGUUGCAGCUGUACACCCCUACAGUACUGUAUCAACUCUAAUUGCCUGAUCUCAUGUAAUGUUUUGUAGAGGUGUCAUAGAUCCUUUAUUUAUCCUUUACAGGAAAUUAUAGGUAAAGGUUUAUGUCAUGUGUCACAAUCUAUUUAAGACCCUAAUUACUUUAGUUUAUAGUGUCCUAAUGUGGUCCAUACUCCUAAAUGAAGUUUAAUGAAUAUAAAAAUAUAUAAAAUAAAAUAAAAAUGUAACAUUGUGAGGAAAACAGUGUUCAUUUAGAUCUUCCCUUUAAGAAAAAAAAAAUAACACAAGGAGGAAUGGGCAAUAUGGAUGAUAUCCUCUUUUAUUUGCAAUUUAAUAUGACAAUAUUGUAAUACCCUUUGUGGAAAAAGUCAGUUGAUAGAAAACAAAAAGGAAUGUCUUUUUUUGGCUGAUCCAGCAAACUAAAUUCCUAUCAAAGUACUUCACUGUAUUGACGCAAAAGAUAAUAUAAAAAUCCUGUUCAGUGAUUUGCAAUGCAACCAGAGCUGCCAAACAGUAUGGCAAAACCUCUAGACAAAUAUGUAUCCUCUGACUGUGUUAACUGUCAUGUUUCCCUCUCCUAGAGGCAAUUUAAUGGUCAUAACACAUCGUACAAAAAAAAUUCAAAAAAGUUGUAAUAUUUUCCAAGAAACAAUGUAUGCCUCUUUUCAUGGUCAUUUUUGGUAAAGGGCAUUAAAUUUACCUGUAUCAGCCACAGGUUUGUGUGUGUCUAAGUGCAUGUGUGAGUGUGUGUGUGUGUGUGUGUGUGUGUGUGUGUGUGUGUGUGUGUGUGUGUGUGUGUGUGUGUGUAAAACAACGGCUUCGAACACAAGUCAGCCAAUCCAAAAAGUGAGAACAGGAACUAUCAGUUUUCAAAAAUAGUACUGUAGUCAAAUGAAGGGUUUUCUAAAACUCAUUCAGCCCUCUAUGAGCAAAAAAUAAACAGAGUAAGUGGUGAGUUUUGGAGAGAUUCAUUUGAGAAUGGAGUGAAAGUUUGGACUGUCCAUAUUCACAGUGAAUGCUGUGUUUGGUUUGAUUUUUGACCCAAAAGUUGUAUACAUUUCGGAUCGCUCCUCAUGUAGUAGUAAAGCAGGGGUGGACCUGAUAGUAACCGGGUUGAAAGCUCUUCUCUGACACUCCAGAUGAAUGUUUCUCAGAAUAUCAACAAAUGUUUACAUAUGGACACCUAUGUUGUAUUUGUAUUUUUGCUUUAUAGGCUAGCACACUUUGCACAAUUCUUUACUGUUCUGGUGCUUAAGGUUGUGACAUGGUUUAAAAUGCAAGGCCCUUUGCUGUGCUGUUUGUGCACAGGCAGUGUAAUCUCGGAACAUGUACAGUGUAUUAUUAGAAGUAAGUAAAUACUGUGAGUGCCAAUAUCUUUAUUACGAAACAACUUAAUAUGUAUUCAUUGUUUAUAUUGAAAUAGAGCUGCAUUUAUCUAUUCUUGUUUAACUUUUUAAAAAAGAUAUGUGGUGAGAUGUAAUACAUUGACAGAUAAGACUGCAGGCAGCACUCAUGGACUUCGAUGUCAAACACUAAAUCUGUGUGACAAUAAUCUGAACAGAUUGUGUUGUGUCUUCUUAAAUAAAGAGUUUG